UCUUCAGGCUGAAGACAAGUUGACCGUUACACGUACUAUCUGCACUGUACAGCUUCAGCAUGCCGACUGUGAUACUCUUAGACGUCUCGCUUUCGAUGACGCGACCUGUCGCCCCAGCUGAGGGCAGCAGCGGUGGUGAUGUCAUCACCAGACGUCAGCUGGCCGAGGCGGGGCUAAGCGCCCUCUUUGACUUCGUGGCAGCCAACGAUAAGCUGGAGUUCACCGCGCUGGUCAUCUUCUCCUCACUGUGGGAAGUGGUGGUGCCCUUCACCAGAGACUUUGCUGAACUGAAAAAAGCACUGUUAUCUGUGGAGACAUUUGAUAAAACAAACCUUGAGGUUGCAUUGGAAGGAGUCAGAAACAUGGUGGUGGAGGAGUGGGGAGUUAGUUCGCCAUGCCAGAUAAUUUUGGUGACGGAUGGCAGCCCAGGCAUCGGCCCAGGCUCACUGAAGCAAGUUGCUCAGAUGCUCUCCGACCCCAAACCGGAUGACCCUCCCUUCCCCCUCCCCUUCGAGUUCUCCAACAACCUACACAUGGUACUGCUGUCCACACCAGCCGAGCUUCAGCAGUGGAACUCCCAGGCCCUGUGUCAGAGACUCCUGGACGCCAACCGACAGAACGGGAAAGUUCACAGUGUAGAGGGCGCCCUCACCGUCAAGUCUGCGCAACAGAUGUUCACCGCGCUUGCCGAAGAACACUACUCGGCGUUCCACGCCAAGCUGGUCUGUGGCCACCUGAGUUCGGACGUGCAGCUGUUCCCGCCACCGCAGAAGUUGAAUAUCAUGCGUGACUUUGAAGUGGUGUCGCAGACGGUUUCGUCUGAGCUUAGCAUCUGCGGCUUCUUGGACUGCUCUGAUGUAUGCAGCCCACCCGUCAUCUCAAGACAUCUAAUGCUACCACUUCCCAAUAAAGAAAAGAGUUCCGUCACCUCAGGGGAGGGAGGAGCUGAAGGCGGAGACAAGACUGAGGAAAAGGAUAAUGGCCCCACCCCUUCUGAAGUUGGCUCCACCCCUUCCUUUUGUGUGCUCCUACAUGGCAGCUUGAAAGUUGAGAACCUUGUUGCACUGGUAAAUGUUGGUGAAAACUGGUACGGGUUGUUGCACUCCUGCGCAGACAGCAAAAAGAAGUCCAACCUGAUGAUGUCAUUGUUUGAGCAUGGAGACAAGGCUAUUCCAUGGCUGGGAAGGUUCCAUCUCUUGGGGCCAUGCUCAGCAGCAUUUGCCAGUGAUCCCUACGGAGAGGACAGCAACAAGACCCCGUUUCCUGUCCGUCUCCAAGACAAAAGAAGUUACUCCCAGAAUCCUGUCGUCUGGAUCAGGCCCAAUUCCCUGCAGACUGAUAUUCAAAAGAUUCUUCGUUAUGCCAGGAAGUUGCCUGAAAAGACACAAGUUUUCUACAAGGAGUUGAACAGGCUGCGUCGUGCAGCCCUGUCGCUGGGCAUGACAGAGCUCCUCUCUGGCAUGUCCCAGAUGCUGGAGAGAGAAUGUACCAUCCUGCCCUGGACUGCCCACCCAGACGCCGCCAUGCAGCUGACCCACGCGGCCAAAAUGAUGACCAGUGCUGUGGAGAAAGGUUACAGCUAUAGCAUCAUCCCGCUAUCCACAAAUUUUGCCACGGAUACCUGAAACAUGUCGUGGUGAACACUGAAACCUCAAAUAGAGUGCCACCAGACCUUGGAAUGUUUGCCGUACUGGCAAAGAAUGAGUUGACCGAGAAACAGACUUUAACUCGGAUACCUAAAACACGUCUUGAACUCAUGAUAAAACACUGAUUCAGACACACAAAAACCAGCAAACAUCAGAGUGCCUCCAGUCGUCAGACCUGUUUGGUGUAGCAGCAAAAACAAGUUUGAUCAGGAGCUGUGAUUGACUGUAGUUGUUCAUCCAACCUUCAUUGAAUGAGUGCCAGUCAGUAGCAGUUGGACAAGUAUAAUGAACCAUUGGAACCAGCCUAAUGAGGUUUUUGCAUUGAUCAUUGGUUAUCAAUGGCCAUGCAUACCGUAACACAGCAGGGAGCCAGGAGUGGAUGCAUUCAUGUUGACAUGUAGUCAUACUUUGACCAAAGAGCCUUCAAACUUUGCCACUAGCCUGCAAGUAUAGGAUCAGACCAGAGUUUCCCGUCACUAACAACACAUGAGUCAAAAGCAAGGAGAAAAUGAAACUCUAGCGGGCGAUUCAACAGCUUGAACUUGCUCCAUUCUGAUGACUGCACAUGUGUCCAGGCAGUGAGAUCCUAGCUAUCAGCAAGGUGUUGACACACCAAUAUGGACUCCAUGAAGGAACAUAAGAUCCCACUGCCUUGCCUACUCAUGAGAGCCUCAGUGUGCAAGACAUUGUAUGUACCCGUACAUACACUCUUGUUUUACUAUACUCUCGAGGACAAUGCUUUGUGUUUCCCUUUGUCCCUGUAAUAUAACACUCUCCCAUAGACUGAGCACACAAACUUACUACAGAGGACCGUUUCCAACACAAGACCCAACUCCCGAGGACUGAAAGGAUCUGUUGUUCUCCCUUUGUGUGUUGGUCCUUGGGGGUUAUGUACAACACGUACAUAUGUACCUUCAUGGUACAGGGUCAACGCAACCAAUAUUCAUCAGAAUGUAAACAAAUCCAAAGAGUUUUCGCAAAAGAGAUGCAACAUGAGUGUGGGGGCACGGCAGUAAUGUCCAUCUUUCUCUCUGAGGGAGUUACCUGCGUGUACACAUGGAGUACCUGAGACCAGAUAGCUUUCUGUAGAGUGCUGGAAAUCUGGUCUAGAUGUCUCAGGUCUGAGCCAAGUGUAUGCAAGUUUUGGGCCAUGAUGGGGUGUUUGCUGCAUGAAGCAAAUACUCUUUAGUAUUUCAAGCAACAGUUGAGGCAGUGCUUUUCACCAUUGUAAGUGUACAGUGAUCAUGUGACCAGCUUUGUCUGUGAACUUCAGGUCAAGUUACUGAGGAUGUGACUUUGCGUUUAAUUUUGUAAACAUUUCACAACUGUUUUAAGAACUGUAUAAAAGGCUGACACCUGUCCAUUAUGUCUGCAG